UUCCAAACAUCUUAAAGAAUCUUCAGGAGCACCUUCACAGAUACGGAGAUGCUUUUUUCUGUCCUUCUUGUGCUGGGCAUCUGCCUGGUGCCAGCUCACUCCAAACAAGAAGGAGAAUAUCUCGGCAGUCCUUUCCUUCAAGACGCUUUUGCAGAGGCAAAGAAAAUUGUGGAUGAUGCAUACAAAUACUCCAGAGAAGAGAGUCUGCGUCGAGUCCGCAGGGAGGUGGUGACCCCUCAAGAUACUCUUCGUCUCUUGAAGCAGCCUCGUGGAGACACACGCAAUGCUGUGAGAUCUGCAGACUACAUGGAACAAACCCUCCGCCUGCUGCGUGAGAGGGUGCACCAGGUGCACCAUGUGCACAAGCGCUCACUCAACGCAACAGAUUUGCUCUCUGAAUCAGACCUGCAAAAACUUGCCGAAAUAACUGGAUGUGCAGCUCGAACCAGACCUCCACCCUGCAAUACCACACCAAACCUUAACCAGUUUCGCACAAUCACCAGCGUCUGCAACAAUUUGAAUAACCCUCGCCUCGGAGCCUCAAACACCCCUUUCGCCCGCUUGCUGCCAGCUGAAUAUGACGAUGGAAUCUCCCAACCAAAAGGAUGGACAAACCAAUCAAUCAACAACUUCCUGCUUCCUCUGGUACGACAGGUGUCCAAUAACAUCCUGAGAACAAAUGAUGCAGGCGUGGUUAACGACAGAGAAUUCACUCACAUGGUGACCUUGUUUGGCCAGUGGAAUGACCACGAUCUCACCUUCACGCCCUUUUCCCCCAGCAUCCGCUCCUUCAGCAACGGGAUAAACUGUGAUGAGAGCUGUGAGCGCACGGAGCCAUGCAUCCCCAUCCCGAUUCCUCCCAAUGACCCCCGCAUACGCCCAGGCCCGGACCAUUGCAUCCCUGCAUUUAGAUCAGCCCCUGUUUGCGGAACAGGAUUCUCAGCCUACAAUUUCGGUGGAGAGCCCAACAAAAGAGAACAGAUCAAUGCUCUGACAGCCUUCCUGGAUCUCAGCCAGGUUUACGGCUCAGAGGACCAGCUUGCCCUCUAUCUUCGUGACCCAGACAGUAAUAUAGGCCUGUUGCGAGUGAAUUCAGAGUUCAGAGACAACAGGCGUGAGCUGCUGCCCUUCCACCCUCUCCAGGUCAAAAUGUGCAAAACUCGCCAAAGAGUCACCAAUGACACAAAUGCCAAAGAGGUUCCCUGUUUCAUUGCAGGUGAUUCCCGUGUGGAUGAGAACAUCGCUCUGACUUCCAUCCACACACUGUUUAUGCGUGAGCAUAACCGCCUGGCUCGAACACUUAAGAGAAUAAAUCCACACUGGGACAGUGAGAGGCUUUACCAAGAGGCUCGCAAGAUCAUGGGUGCUUACACACAGGUGUUUGUGUUUCGGGACUACCUGCCACACAUUGUGGGUGACGAGGCGAUGCGUAGACUGCUCGGCCGUUACCCAGGCUACGAUCCUACUGUUGACCCCAGCAUCUCUAAUGUCUUUGCAACAGCAGCAUACCGCUUCGCCCACUUGGCUAUUCAGCCAGCCUUGUCCCGCCUGGAUGCCAACUUCAGAGAGAACAGACAGUUUCCCAGCGUCCCUUUGUUCAAGGCCUUCUUCACCCCCUGGAGAAUCAUCUUUGAGGGUGGUAUUGAUCCUCUGCUGAGAGGUCUGAUUAAUCGUCCUGCAAAGCUGAACACUCAGGAUCACAUGAUGGUCGAUGCUCUGAGGGAGAGGUUAUUCCAGUUUGUGAUGGAAUUGGCUUUGGACCUGGGCUCUCUCAACAUGCAGAGGGGACGUGAUCAUGGCUUGCCUGGCUACAAUGCCUACCGCAGGUUCUGUGGUCUAUCUCAGCCCAGGAACCAGGCAGAGCUCGCUCGGGUUCUGAACAACAGCAACCUGGCCAGCAGGCUGCUGCAGCUCUAUGGUACGCCUGACAACAUCGAUAUCUGGAUGGGAGGUGUUGCAGAGCCAUUUGUCCGUGGUGGCCGUGUGGGGCCACUGUUCUCCUGCCUUAUUGCAAAGCAGUUUCAGAGUAUCCGUCAAGGUGACAGGCUAUGGUGGGAGAACCCGGGCGUCUUCACUCGGAGACAGAGAUCUGCUCUGUCCUGUGCCUCCUUGUCUAAGAUCAUCUGUGACAACACCGGCAUCAAUGCUGUCCCUACUGACCCAUUCAGCGUCCUAUCAAACAGGAACCGGCUCGUUCGCUGCUCCAGCAUCCGUAGCGUGAAUCUGUUGGCCUGGAGAGAGAGACCAUGCAGAGGCGCGGGUGAUGCUAACUGUGUUGAAGUCAAUGAAUCACAGACUAUGGAAUCAGACCCUCAGGACACCGAGGAGCCCCUGGACAACGAGGUAAUGGAUUCAUUUCUGGACCCCCUGGACAACGAGGAGCUCCCGGACAACGAGGUGCUCCCGGACAACGAGGAGUUCCUGGACAACGAGGUGCUCCCGGACAACGAGGAGUUCCUGGACAACGAGGUGCUCCCGGACAACGAGGAGCUCCUGGACAACGAGGUCCCGCAGGACCCCCUGGUCUGAGAGGCCCUCCUGGACUGCCAACUCUCAGCAUCAAUGCCAUACAGCCACAAUCUGCCUUCUUCCUCCGCCUGGGCGAAUACAAUCUAUCCUCUGAAAAAACCAUUCCUUUCCAUCAGGUCAUCUACAACAAACAG